AUGAGCUCACACCAUCCAAACUCACGCAAUCGUAAACGUGCUCGCGCCAAGAAGAACAAGGCCAAUGUUUCAGAAGCUUCUUCUGCUGGACGAUCAACGGGAUCUUGCUCAAAGCAAGCUCAAGAGCAACAACAACAACAACCAACGCAGCUAGCGCCACAACCCGAAUCAGGAGAGCAAGUGCCUCAACAGCCCCAUCGUCAUCAACCUCAGCAGCGCCUUGAGGCAUUCUACUCAAAAGAAUCAAGCUUUGAUCAAGACGAAAAAAAUCGACACAAAGUCACUCGUUUUUUGGAUCCAGUUCAGUGUGCUGUCACCGCGAUCCCAAACAAGAUCUUCUCUUAUCUCGACCAAAAGGACUGUCUGAAAGCAAUGGGCGUGUCAGAACUAUGGAUGGAACGCGUACCAAUCUUUUGCACCAACGUUUGGCGCGACGUCGAGCUCAAUGAAAAAGCUCAUGAUUUGGAAAACACGCUUGUGCAUCGUUGCCUCGGAAGCCAUGUUGAUACACUUGCUUUCAAACGCUUCAGCCAACAAAGCCGGCUUCUCAAAAUGAUGCGCAUUGCUAGGUCUUGUAAUUGUACUGAUCAAACAGAGAUCGGUAAUGAUAUUAACAUCAAACAUAUGGUCACCUAUGCCACUCCAUCAUCAACAGUGUUCAACGCAUGUAGAAUAAUCGAUCUAAGACUAUUUCUGGGUCACUUUCAGCCUCUUACGAGAAACAUGCUUCGCAUUGCUUUCUUCCAACAUGGUGAUGUUCUAUCCAUAACACGCAUCAUGCCCGUGUGUCCAAACCUUCAAAGCGUGGUGCUUGCAUUCAAGAACAAAACGCAUUCGAUGGUGCCAGUGCCUCAUCCGUCUUCCCAUCAUCUGCCUUUGAGCGAUGAUAGCGUCAUGUACGCGCUCACGAAACUGGAAAUUUUUACAAUGCUCUCCAUUACUACGUUGUUGCAACCAAGACGCUCUUUGAAUACUGGUUCCAAUAUCAGCUGUAGUAGCAAAGAGCUAGCCGCAGUAAUCAUGCAAUGCCCUCGCUUGGAAAGACUCGCCUUGCACUCUACCGGAGACAACUUGUAUCCAAUCGUUAGCAAUGUCAUUAGCAAACUGCCGAUGCUGCAGGAUUUUGAACUACACUAUGGCGACGAAACGCCGUCCAAUCACCUUGAUGGCGGUCUCCAUCUUUUGUUGUCCAAGCAUGCCAACCUCGGCUCCGUAAGCCCGUUACGGCGUCUCAGUCUCAACGUCACGGAUGGCUCAACACUCCUUCUGGUUGGCAAAAUUGUGACCUUGGAAAACAUAUACCUCGUCAACACAUUUUACGACAAUGCGUCUGACGAUAGUCUGGUCCGAUUCGCAGCAUUGUUGGCUGACAACAGCUCGGUCCAAUCUUUGACUUUACAUCAGUUUGAUCUGCGCUCUCGCUCAAUCAUGAAUUUUUUUGCCCGUAUUACAUCGUUGACUGUGGUGGAUUUUACCGACUGCCGACUGGAUCGAGCGAAUUAUCUCUAUUUUCUGGACCAUGCAUCAAGUCUUACACGGGUCCGACAGCCAAACUGCGGUUGGGAUUCUUUGCUUAGUGGUCCCUACGAGGAAGUACGGCUGGUUGACGACAACGGAGACCGCUUGACAUAUACGGUUGUAAAUGUUGAAAGAAUGCCAAUGUCAUUUCUGUUCAAAUGGCGUAGUCGACGCGAUGCUUAUGUAGUAGCAGCGGUGACAGAUUUACCAACUCUUCAUCGCUAUUUUAGCCUUAUCUAG